GCGCUCUGUCUGUCCCGCGUUUGAUCCACAGGCGUGCAACAGCAAGGAUCGGACGAGACGAGACUUGGUGCUUGGCAGAGCAGCGACCGGGUAGAAUCUGAUCAGAGCGACGUCGAGCAGCGGUUGAGCGCAGCUGCUUGCUGCAAUGAAGCUCUAUAAGGCGCUGAUUAUCUGCUAUCUGGCAGCUGUGGCCGUCAAGAUUGCUAAUGGACAGGGCAGCGGCAAUGGAAACGACAACGGCCAGUACAACGUCGGUGGAGGCAAUGGGAACACGAAUGGCGUGGGCAACCUGGGCUCCUACAAUGGCAACGGCAACGGUGCCUACAAUACCGGAAACCAGAACGGCAACGCCAAUGGCAACUACAACAUUGGCAGCCUGAACGGAAACGGCAACGGCCGCGCCAACACCGGGAGCAACAACGGGAACAGCAAUGGCGGGUUCAACACCGGGUCCAGCAACGGAAACAACAACGGUAUCGGCAAUGUCGGCUCCGGAAACGGAAACGGCAACGGAAAUGGCAACGCCGGCGGCAAGGGAGACCCGAUCCUGUCAGGCUUCGACAGCCGCUCGUUCGAAUUCCAGGGCGAGCCCGGGAAGACUUACAGCAUCAUCUCCGAGCGCUUUCACCUGGUGUCUACCAAGCUGAAGCUGGGAGUGCUCUGGGACCACAACGGGACCUACAUGGAGGGCUACGGGCUGCAGUACAAGGACCACCAGAUCACCGUUGAGCUCACACCUGAGGACGACCUGGCAGUGACCAUGAACGGUGAGCAGCUGACGAUGACCAAGGGAGAGACAGAGUUGGAGAUGGUGCCCUAUGUGGAGGGCGGAGAGAUGGUCCUGCUCUGGCAGCUGCACCGCGAGGGCCUCGGCAACGCACUCGAGAUCACCACCGACCUGCUCCAGGUGGUUGUCUGGGUGACACCCGCUGGCACAGUGGAUGAGGGCGGCAAGGAGCAGCCAGCCUACCUCAACUUUGACGUGGCUCUGCUCGGCCCCCCCGCCGGCAACGAGAUGCAGGGUAUCGUGGGCGAGACAUACAACCGCAUGCUGGCCGGCGAUGCAGUGAACGACCCCAGCUCCCCUCUCUUCCUGCCAGACGACUACCAGUUCCACGGCAAGGGACCCGAGGAGGCAUACAUUGUGGACGGCUAUUUCGCGCAGCACGAGGGCAGCGCCUUCGGCAAGGAGCACAAGCGGGUGCUGAUCGAGAACGACGCCGUGUCUCAGAUGGCAUUCCCUCUCCGCGCAUUCGGCCGCGCCGCCGCCCUCACAAGUGCUCCACAGACUGUCGUGCUCCGCGCAUCCGGCGGCCGCAAGGGCAAGUUCCUCUGA